AUGGAUCCGUUUCAGAGUUUUCAAGAUGGACAGUUUAAUCCACAUAUUUAUGGAAGUAGUAAUGUUCCGCCUUCAACAGACAAAUUAUAUUCUUUCAGCGGCUAUCAAGCAGGGCCCAUGACAGUAGCUUCGAACAAACUCUCGGAACUCUCCGAUAAAAAUGGUGGUGAACGUAAGCGUUAUUCGGGGAUAUAUGCAGGUACAGGUUUCGACAUGCUAUCCGUAUUGUCUCGAGUUGUCAACCGUCAAAAUCCUCAAAUUGAUUUGGGCCCAGUAGAUCUUUCUUGCUCUUUUGUCGUGGUAGAUGCCAAGCAAUACGACCUACCUAUCGUUUAUUGUUCCCCCAUGUUUGAGAGGUUGACAGGUUAUCAACCUGCAGACGUUGUUGGUAGAAACUGUCGCUUUUUACAAGCACCUGAUGGACGCGUAGCUAUUGGUUCAAGAAGAAAGUUUACGGAUAACUCUACGGUCUAUCAUAUUAAAGCUCACAUCGUGCAAGGUAAAGAGUCACAAUCCAGUCUGAUCAAUUAUCGAAAAACAGGACAGCCUUUUGUUAAUCUGUUGACCGUGAUACCUAUUUCUUGGGGCGAUUCAUCAACAGAUGAAAUUGAUUAUUUUGUCGGCUUACAGGUCGAUUUAGUAGAACAGCCCAACUCUAUAUUUCAAAAUAUCAAAAAUGGUACGUACACGAUAGACUACCGCCAAUCAACCAUUCCACCGUCUAUUUCAGGUAUUAACAGCAGCCUUUAUGAUGUGCAGCCGCAUCAAGAACCUCCUUCUGCUUCUUCGUCAUUUCAACAGUCUCAGCAACCGAUGAUGGACGUGGAAGCCUUAAUCAAGGAGGCUACUGUGAGCGAAGGUCGAUUGAAGCGCUGCUGGCAUGAGUUACUGUUGGACGAAAGUCCGGAUUUUAUUCACGUCCUUACCGUCAAAGGCAUUUUUCUCUAUUGCUCUGAUUCGACAAAGGAUGUUCUCGAAUAUGAUCCGUUUGAACUCGUGGGCCAGUCACUCAGAUCUAUUUGUCACCCUUCGGACAUUACCACUGUCAUGCGUGAACUGAAACAAUCUUCUCAUCACCCUACUCAGCCUGUCAAUUUAAUAUAUCGCAUUCGACGAAAAGUUUCAGGUUAUAUGUGGAUUGAAUGCUGUGGAAAGCUUUGUCGCGAAGAUGGACGAGGGAGAAAAUAUGUUGUAUUAUCAGGACGUGAAAAGCCUGUCUAUCAGUUGCCCAAAAACCUUUUGUCGCUAGCAGAAAGUAGGCUUCGACAGCAGCAGCAGCAUCAACGACAACAAAAGAGAAAUUCAAAUAGAAUAAAAGGUGCUGAAGAUCAUGCCUUCUGGGGCAAAUUGAGUCUGGAUGGAUUAUUAUUGUACGUGAGCUGGACUUGUGCUAAUAUUCUCGGGUUGGCACCCUCUGAAAUCAUUGGUACAUCACUUUAUCAACUCAUGCGAAGUAAUCGUACAACUGAUUUGACGCGAGCUUUGGCUGAGGUGAAAGAAGGCAAGGUGGUCUACCUGAAGCAUGCUCUUGUGAAUGGCGCAGGUAUUGAGGUCAUGGUAGCGACGACCUUCUACCCUGACGGUGGUACUACUCUACAACCAACCACAAAGGAGGCAAUACCGGACAUACGACAGCCUUCUUUUGUUUUAAUGCACACUAUAGUCAACAACUAUGACGAAGAAGAAGAAAACGGAAAAGAAGAUGAAAAUGUCUUUCUUUCUAUAGACCCAGACGUGAAGAAGAAAGGUAAAGCCAUUGAGCAGAAUGAGGCUGCUUCUUCGGCUGCUGUAAAAAUGAUAGACGAGGUGGAUAUCACAAACGAGGCGAAUUGGCAAUAUGAACUACACCAAUUAAGGAUAACCAACAAAAAAUUAAGGAGUGAAAUGGGUAGUCUGUUGAAAGCAGCGAAAGAGGUAAGGUCAUAG